AUGCAUCGCAUUCUACUCACCGAGGGGUUCACCGGUCUUUAUUCGGGCCUCAGUGCGGCCCUACUCCGUCAAAUGACAUACUCAACCGUUCGAUUUGGAGUGUAUGAGGAUUUGAAGAUUCGAUUGAGAGCCGGUAAACCGGCCGAGGAGGGCCUAGGUUCCAUGCUGAUCCCUCUUUCUGCGUUCUCGGGCUUCAUCGCCGGUGUUGUUGGCAAUCCAGCCGAUAUUGUAAAUGUGAGGAUGCAAUCGGACAAAGCUAAGCGCCUCCAGGAUCAGACAAGAUAUAGACACGUCUUCGAUGGCUUGGUGCAAAUACGGCCUCUUUCGAGGCGUGGGUGCCAAUGCAACAAGGGCAGCUCUGAUGAAUUCAUCGCAACUAGCGUCCUAUGA